GUUUGCAGUUUUGUUAGCUGCACGCAGGCUGCCACAGCAGGCACGACGUGCCGGAGUUCCUAUGCCUGCGGAUCGAACCACUGUUGCCGUGACGCUGGUAACCACGUCAUCUCAACGGCGGAAGGCAAUGGUCCAGGGGGAAUAUUCGGCGGACCAAUUUUGGGCUCACUUACGUCUGGAACCUGUGUAGCAGGGAAAGCCCAGAAGGGGGAGAUGUGUGACGGCAAAUGCCAGUGUGACACAGGUUUAUCCUGCUACCGCCCUAUGUCCGGUAUCUGCUGCCCACCAUCAACCUGCGUUGACGCUAGUUACGCACAGAAACAACACGAAUACUGGUCCAACUGCAUGAAAAAUCCACACUGCCAUCUACCGCGAUAAACCGGAAUUCACAAUCCAUCUGUGGGGAACUACAUAGGCGUCGGAUGGCAACAACUGGAGGAGUGGGAGGUGGGAAGGGAGGGGGGAGGGGG